AUGGGGGUGGUGAACGCAGGCGCUCAGAACAGUCUUAAGCCCCGCAAAACGCCCGGCUUGCCCAUUGUUGCCGAGGCGUCACAGCACAGAACCAUGAGGAGCCCGUGGUCGUUACUAUGUCUCGGAGUCAUGGGAGCCUUGCUGUUGCUGAGUUGUGACGUUGCUCCGGGCCCAGCUGGCGUCAACUGCAGGAGAUUCGUCUACCACCCUGUGUGUCGUGGAGUGGCAGCCAAGAGGGCAGAGUCCCCAGCCGCCCAGGACCAUCGACGCCUCCACAGGGAGGACGAUAGGAAGGAGGAGGAGGGUCCAGACCCAGAGUAUAUCCCGGUUCCCGUCAACCUGGAACUGUCUGGAGAGCCACUUCCUCGCCGGGCCCUCUGGUCCUAUCUCUCUGAGCGACCAGCUAAUGUACUCAUGGCUCAUCGCAAGCUCGAACCCGACGCCCUUGAUCUCUAUGACUAUGAGUAACAUCGAUGCCUUUGUCUCCCGCUCUUCUCUCGACACUUUGUACAUAGGUUUCCUGUAGCGAAUUGAGUUUCCAAAAUUGUUGCUGUUUUAACUUUUAUUUUUUUUCUUGUACAUUUUUUUCUUGUUAAGAUUAGAAAAAUGUUUCAAUUGAAUAUGUUCAUAAAUAUGUUGUCAUUUACUACAUUAAAAUUUACUGAGUAUACCUUUUUCCCCAAAUAAGUCAAAAGGUGUUAAAAUCAAAAUCCUUGUCCAUAAGAAAAAUGUCAUAAAUUUACAUAUUUUGAUGAGCUGAGACGGGAUUACGUAAGUAAUUUAGUCUUGCAUUGUAUUAAAAUUGCUUGAAUUUGAGCCGAAAAAUUACGAAGCAAUACAUGUUUUACAUUAGCUGAAAAUGACGGUUAACAUUUGUUUUAUUCGUUUAAAAUUCGUUUUGGGAAAAUGUUUACUAGUAAGUUGAACAUGAAUGUGUGGAAACGAACAAUUAAACUAAUUUAUCAGACAGGGGCCGAAGACAGAGAACAAUUUUAAUAAUGAACACCAUUCUCGAAAAUGUUAACGAAAACAAUACUUUCUCCAUAUGUACUAUGUAGAGAUGGAGAGAGUAAAACCCACUUCUACUUUACAGUAAAACAAUGUAAUUAAAUUUCUCCCUCAAAACUGUUUUACACCAAUGAAACGCAGUCGCUAAAGGCGCAAAUGUCUAAGUAUUCUGAAAAGUAGACUUAUGAAACUUCUUAAAACUUAUACGUGUCGUAAGCAUGAUGCUUUCUCGUAUAAUCAAACCUCUAAAUAUAAAUUAUUUAUUUUGAUUCGAUCUACAACAACAUCUCAAUUAACAUUUUAAUGAGCAACUGGGUGAUUUUAAGGCAUUUAAAAGAGUGUGAUGAAUAUUAGUUUCUAAGUGUUGCUGGAGAGUGAAAUUAGUUGAAAAUACCUGUAAUUAGUUAGUAACUGUAACACGUUACAAAGUUAUAAAUUACUUAGAUUAUUAUUCAAUGUAUUCUGGGUUAUCUUUUUUUAAUGUAUUUUUAAUGUAUUUUAUGUAAACAAUAUAAGCAUUUGAAUACCAUUUUUAACGUUUGUACAUAUUUUGAUUUAAAAAUAAUUUUAAUAAACAAGCGUUAUUUAUUCUAAGGUGUCAAAUCUUCCUGUUUAAAAUCUGAGCUUACGAACUAUUUAAAGUCAAAUGUAGAAUCGUUUCAGAUGUCUGUAUGGUUAUUAGCAUUAAUUGACUUACAUUUAGUAAAUGUUUUAUUAAAUGUAUAGUAAUGGUAUGAAUACAUGCAUUAAAAGAAAA